GGGGGGGACGCGGCCCGCGCACGGUGGCGGCAUGUUGCAGCCGCGGCGGCCGCUGCUCGGCCUGCUCGCCCGUUGCGCCCGGGCCUUCCGCCUGGGCCCCCGGCCGCCUCCAUCCGCUUCUCCUAACGGCGGCGAGGCGGGGCGGCGCGGCCUGCUGGGCCUGCUGGCGCGGCAGUGCGGCUGCGUGAGCGGGCAGCGGGCGCGAAGGGCGCGGAGGGCCUGGCAGCUCGGCGGCGGCGGCGGCAGCGGAGCGGAGGGGGCGCGGCGGGGAGGAGGAGGAGGAGGCGGCGGCGGGGGGUGGGGUGAGUGGUGGUGGUGGCGGGGGGGGCCGUUCCGCGGUCGCCCCGCCCUCGCCGCCGCCGCCGGCCGCCUCAUGGCCACCCUGGCCGGGGUCUUCGUCUGGGACGGGCAGCGCAUCGAGGAGGAGGAGCUGCAGCGCUCAGCCCAGGAGAUGCAGCGCAUGCAGAACUUGGCCGUCCCGCUGCAGGGGGGGGGGGCUCUGGGCGAACCCCCCCUCUUGGACCCCCCGUCAGAGCGGGAUGCUGCGUCAGCCCCCGGCGAGCAGCCCUGGGAGAUGGUGAUGGACAAGAAGCAAUUCAAGCUGUGGCGCCGUCCCAUCGAAGGCACACAUCUCUACCAGUACCGAGUUUUUGGGACGUACACAGAUGUGACCCCCAGGCAGUUCUUUAACGUGCAGCUGGACACCGAAUACAGGAAGAAAUGGGAUUCGUUGGUCAUCAAACUGGACGUGAUAGAGAGGGACGCAGCCACGGGAUCCGAGGUGAUCCACUGGGUCACGCACUUCCCGGUGAGCCUCGCGCCCCGACCCGGAGCCCCCGUGGGGCUGAACCCCCUUCCCCCCCCCCCCCCCCAUAAA